AUGUCUAAGAGAGGACGUGGUGGUUCCGCGGGAGCAAAGUUCCGUAUCUCACUGGGUCUUCCAGUGGGAGCCGUAAUAAAUUGCGCUGACAACACAGGAGCUAAAAACCUCUAUGUGAUUGCUGUACAAGGUAUCAAGGGUCGCCUUAACAGGUUACCUGCUGCUGGAUCUGGAGAUAUGAUUGUAGCCACUGUCAAGAAAGGCAAACCUGAACUAAGGAAAAAGGUAAUGCCAGCAGUGGUUAUCAGGCAGCGAAAACCAUUUAGAAGGCGGGAUGGGGUUUUCAUAUACUUUGAAGAUAAUGCAGGUGUUAUAGUGAACAACAAGGGAGAAAUGAAAGGCUCUGCCAUCACAGGACCCGUUGCUAAAGAGUGUGCUGAUCUGUGGCCCCGUAUCGCCUCCAAUGCUAGCUCAAUAGCU